GCAAUGACGACACACUAUGAUGAUAAAAAGACAGGAUAUUAUGCAAUUAGGAGCUCUGAUUUGGCCGAGGCUGUAAUUGGCGCUAUCCUCCUCCUGUUGGACAGAGAUUCGCUGAUGAACGCAGGCUCCCUGAGGCACCAGAUGGUAAGGUCCUGACUCAGCACCGGCUCUUCUUCUGUGGUGAUCACGCACCUUUUGUGUCAACACACCUCAUAAUGCUGCAGCUGAGCAGAAUUUUACUCAAAUACCUGAUUGUUUUUUAAACUCUAAUUUAAUCUGCAGUGAGUGUUUUGCUAAUUAAACAAUAAGUUGUUUGAAAAAUACAAUUAACGAGGGUGUAGUGAACGGCUAAAUCCCAAAUGUGGAACUGCACAAAUAAACUGACAUCUGUUAUUUUUAUGAAGCCUUAUUCAAGUCUUUUACAGACAUGGGAUGAGAUAAGAGAUCAUUCAGUCACAGAGGGGAGAAGAAAACAACGUCGAACCAAACCAAGAUAAUACUACUGAAUUACUAAUUAUUAUUGUGAUCCUAGAACCGAAUCAGCUGAUGUGUUCUAAAACACCAUUUGUAUGCAAUGUCAAUGUAAGGAAAUGGGACCGCUGAAAAACACAAGGAUUCAUGCAUUUCUAUGGAUUGUUGUCUGAUCAUCCAUUGAGUUUAUUAUUGACAGAGAAUAUGUGUCACUCUUGUUGGACCUUGUGAGGGAAAUCUGUGAAAUCCAACCCUGCAAGUGUGGCUAAAAUUACAUUUCAUACUUUUGUCUGGUAACCAGCAUUUUCUGUGACCCCAAACUACAGUUUAACCUAUUGUGGUGAGGUUUAAACUGAUUAAAACCACAACAGGUUUUAGUUUCCAUAUCAGAGCUGCAGAAACAUAUUCACAGACUUAAUCAACUUCCUCACUUAGUAGAUCCUUAUCCUUUUCUCAGCCUGGUCCCCAAUUUCAGCAGUCUCUCUAACCAAUCAUACUUAUACUACUGUACCCUUGGUGUACCCACUACAUCCUUAAUUAUGUAAUUCAUGUGUAAUUUAGCUGUAAAAGUUAAAUAAAUGUGUGACUAUUCAUUCAUAACUUGUACUGCAUAGGCAUUGCGCGUUAACCUCUUGUUUUAUCUGAUUAAAUUUUCGUUUCUCUUUAAAACCCCAAUUUUUAUGUGUCUAUUUUUUUUGCCUUAAGUUUCUUUUGUGUGGUGUAUUGUAUCUUUUUGUCUUACAGUAUGUUCAGCACUUUGUCUCCUUGAUGUUGAAACGAGCCACACAACUAAACCUGCCUUGCCUUUCUUUGCCGUACACCGUGGGACUUUAUAUCAUCUGUAGUUAUUUCCACAAUGUUAUAUUGUUGUGUUCCAUAUUUCAUUAUCACUUACAUCAAUAUUAAUAUUAAUGUUGUUGUGUAUAUGUGACAUUUCCCCUCACUUCAGUACAUUUUUUAUUUCCUGGUUUUGUUUGAUGAGGAACAAGCCGAGCUGGGAGUCUGAUGUGAACAUCAAAAGAGAGAAGCUGGUGCAGUGUGCUGGAUCGAGUCCAGGAGCUAGUGCAUAUAAUCCCCCAGCAUGCACCAAGCACCCGCGCGUCCAGAGCCAGGUUGUUGUUGCCAUGAGGACAGUGAAGCAACAGGGGAACCGAGCUGCAGCAACGCGCUUCCUCCGGAGGUUGAAUAUUUCAGAAUGGGAGGAUGAAGCGAUCCUCUGAUGAUAUGUCUGUCUGCCUCUCUCACAUUCCAGGUUUCAUUUGGAUGUACUUUUGAGUAACAGACAGUUUGGAGGUGGACCUGAUACACCAAAAGAGAUGUACUCUGCUCUUUGAAUUCUCGUUGCUUGUAUCAACAAUUUAUCCAGAAGCCAUUUCAGAAAAAAAACACUUGCUCUCUUGUGUGUUUUUUUUACUGCAAAAUUGUGAAAACGGAGCUAGCACAAUGACAAGCCCUUCAGACUGAAGAGACGAAUGUGCGCUCCCAGAGGAGUUCAGGAGGAGUCAGCCUCCAUCAUUCACUGCUCUGGGGAGCUGCUGUCAUCACCAGCAAUGAGACUAUACAGUUUUCCCCAGAUCCAUACCCAUAGCUGUGUCGAGAUGAAAUUACCUCCUUUAAAAAUGCGAUCUUAAAUACAGUAAGAGGUGAAAUCACCCUGAUUCACUCAGAGUGUGUCUUUAUUUGCUGAGAUAUUAGACUCUCUAGGUGGAGUUUUCUAGGUGACCACAAGUUUAGUGAUUAAGUUUAAAAUCAUGAAGGAACGUCACUACGUCAUUAUGUCACAGUUGGUCGGUGUGUUUUAGCAAACCAUACUUUUAUGACCUGUUCAACCUUGGUCAUUUUUACAGACUACUUGCUUUGCAUGCUCUCAUUCUUGUUUUUCCGUUAAAAGCAAUGAUGUCUGUUUUCAUGGUCAUAUGGCAUGUCAGUAUAAAUUGUUGCAGCAAUUAUUUUUGGAGUUAUGGGGCAUUAUGUGAUUACUGAUCACAAUCUGACUGUAACGGGGCAUUUUAUUCCCAGUUACAGUUAAUUUUCAAGCAGUGUUAUGCAAGAGUUAGACCUGGACAUACUGUCCACAAAUAUAUUUUCCUUUUACUUCCCCCUAGUGGUGGAUUUAGCAGAGGUUCAAAUGAAGUGAGAGCUUUCGAUCUCAUCUGUAGUGGCAACCAUUCCUUGUGACAUUUGUCACAUUAUCAUAGUCCCAGGGUUGAAUUAAACCCCUCUCACUCUGGAUCUGGGCAUCAAGAAAUAAACUCAUAAUGUAAAAUGUGAAGUUCAGACCUUGUUCUACCUUUUGCUGGAGCCAAAUAGGGUUUUUUUGUUUUAUUGUUUGCUUUUUUUAAAGUGGCCAUAUUUGAGGACAAGCACAGAUAUCACGGGAAAUAUGUGAAUAUUACUUAUAUUAAGUAUUAAAUCGACCAACUGUUAGCAUAUUUGUAUUGGGUGGCUACACAAACCUUCUUCUUGUGACAUUAAACGUUUUAUAUAUCUUAGAUGUUGCACCUUACAGGAAAUCAUGCAAAAGGAUAUAGACCAAGAGAAAAGCAAUAUGAUCUGUGCUUCACUGGGUCAGAUUACUAUACCCCUUCAACAAAAAAACUAAAUCCUAUAAAGUUCAGGGGUUUUGUCCCAAAACAAAUUCACAUUAGCUAUGAGGAAUAUUUAGUCGUAAAGACCACCAGACUUCCUUGCCAACAUUUUGUUGCUAAAGGUUUUUACCUUGUUUUCCAGUUGAAUCAGUCUGUGGUAUAAAUAACAGAAUAUUAAAGACUGAAUGUAAUAAAUGCCGUAAAUAUGUGUUCCUCUGACAUUAUAAUUAGCCCAGAGAGAGAUGAUCUUCAUAAUAAUGGAGGGGACACAGCAUUAAGUCUCAUGCAGUACAGGUUUAAACUUUUUCCCUAUUCCUGCUUUCAAACAGCAUUAAUAAAACAAAAAAAGAUUGGGUUGACAACCUGUUCUUGUUUUUUUUAUAUAUAUAUUUAAUCAUUCCUGUUAAAGCUGGCAAGUAUCCACAGGACAGGAGCAUCUUUGAUGGGGGGUGAAAAUAGUUUUAGUCUACAACAGCAGCCAGCCUUUAUUUAACUAUGAGUUAAGUCAAGUUAAGUGUUAUCACUGCAGAGAAUAUCACCCUCAGCAUAGGGGGUUAUUCUUGGCCUUUGAGAAAAAUAAUAAUCUCAAACUCAAGGCCCACUUACUAUCUUUGAGGAACUUUCAACUGCCUCUGUUGGUGGUCUGUAAAUUGAGGUGGCUUAGGUGUAUAUGUGUCAGGGAGAUAAAAAUAAUUUAAACCUGCAAGAACAACAGUUCAAGUGUGAAAACAGCCUGACUGCUUAAUGAAGGCAAAGAAAAUUGAAAGGAAGUGAGCAAGAAAACUUUAUUUAUAUAACACAACAGAAGUUACAAAAUGCUUUACAGGAAGAAGACAAGAUAAGAGAGGACGGUCAAGAAGAGAGAGGAGACUAUAUAUAUAGUUAGAGUUAUUUGGCUUGUCCGAGGCUGUUUCAGGAUGGAUGACACCAUUGAUACCUCUGUAGCUUAUGGUCUUGGAUUAUUGCAGCACUAUAAACAACAUAAAUAUUUAAACAGAAAGUCAUUGACAUUCACGGUUUGAGAAAGAUGAUUCAGCAUCACCAUCUGACAACCCUUCCUUAGAUUUCUGUCUUAUUUCAUCUUCAGUAUCUGUAAGUCUACAAAGAGAGGACCCUCUGUGAGCAGCUGUCUGGUUGUGAAAAUCAACUUCCUGUCAACCAAAGUCACAUUUCUCCCAUUUUUACUGAUGAGAUGUCAGUAAAUAUGACCCCUCUCUCUCUCCUUUCACAGCUGUCUCUCUAACUCUCUCACACACAGGCAGGCCACCAGAUGUUUGAAGGGAUUGGCGUCCACCGAUGGCUGUGCUGGGGAGCUCUCUUCCUGUUGGCUGAGAGGGUGUCAUUAAGUUCUGAAACUCCCUGCCGCCCACAGCCCUGCCGCUGUACAAAUAUGCUGCUGGAGGUGAACUGCUCUGACGGCCAAUUCACCACAGUGCCCGACGGUCUCCCACAAGACACUAAACUACUAAACUUAACACAUAAUAAGAUCAAGACUUUGGUGCAUCAGCAGUUCCAGACUUUGACACGGCUUCUGGACUUGGAUUUGAGUGACAAUAUUAUGGUAAUAAUUGAAGUGGAGGCGUUUCUCGGCUUGCAAAGUCUGAUAACUCUGCGUCUCGCUCGCAACCACCUGAAGAUUAUUCCUGUAGGAGCGUUUGCUGGUUUGCCAAAACUGAAGUUGCUAGACAUAAGCGGCAAUGAGAUCCUUGUUUUUCUAGAUUUUACCUUCCGUGGCUUGGCUGCUCUGCAGUUUCUUAAAGCAGUGGGUAACGACUUUGUUUUCAUCUCUCAUCAAGCUUUCACUGGCUUAACCAGUCUGCAAGAGCUGCACCUUGACGGCUGCAACCUCACCGCUGUGCCGACAGAGGCACUCACACAGCUUGGUGGGCUGAGAAGUCUUCAUUUUCACAGACUGGGCCUCACCACGCUGCCAAACUACUCUUUCCGUCAUCUAGAGCGUCUCAAGGAACUUGUCAUUUCUCAUUGCCCCUGGCUGGAGACUCUGUCAGGAAACAGUCUCUUCGGCCUAAAUCUUACAUCCCUCACCAUUAUACACUCUAACCUCAGUGCUGUCCCGUACAUCCCUUUGCAUCAUCUUGUAUAUCUUGUAUAUCUUGACCUUUCUUUUAAUCCAAUCACCUACAUUCAUGGGAACCGGCUUGGAGACUUGCUCCGGCUCCAAGAGCUCCGUCUGGUGCGGGGAUCAUUGCUAUGCAUUGAAAUCGGAGCCUUCAGGGGCUUAGCACAUUUCAAAUUGCUUAAUGUGUCUAGAAACCUCCUCACCACACUCGAGGUGGGAGCUUUUCAUUCAGUGGACACCCUAAAAACUCUGGGACUUGAUAACAACCCACUAGUGUGCGAUUGCCGUUUGCUGUGGGUUGUGCGAAGACGACUACAUCUGGACUUUGGUGAAAAUACGCCGACUUGCACUACCUCGGUCCAGUUGCAAGGCUGGAAUUUCCUAGACUUUACUGAAGCUGAGCUCCCAGGCCUGCUCGCAUGUCAGCAGCCUCGAAUUCUGAACCGCAAACCUCAAGAAGUGAGAGUAGAUCAGGGACACACGGUGGUGUUUUAUUGCAGUGCUGAAGGUGACCCUCUGCCAUCUGUCACCUGGCUAAACCCACAGCUAAAACCUUUAUCACCCAUUGGUAGAAUACGAGCUCUUUCUAACGGCUCGCUGGAGGUUCGCUAUGCUCAACCUCAAGAUAGUGGCACUUAUCUUUGUGUGGCAUCUAAUGCGGCAGGAAAUAACAGCCUAUCUGUCAGCCUGCAUGUCCGAGGCUUUCCAUCAUCUUCUAAAAACCCCUUUCUUCUUAAUGGCUGGUUUGCCUUUCCCUCUGCCUCUCCAGGUGUAAAUGAAAAUGAGCAACUCCCAUUUGAUGUCAAGACGUUACUGAUAGCUGCAACCAUUGGAUUUCUCUCAUUUUUCAGCUCUGUGAGCAUAUGCUUCAUCUUUAUGUUUUUCUGGAGCAGGAGUAAAGGGCAAAUAAAGCACACGGCCACAAUAGCAUAUGUGCCACGAAGCACCAUGUCAAGUAGUAACGGAGGGACAGGGAACUAUAUGGAGACAGGCAGGUUCACAAUGAAACUAAUAUGAGUUAUACAAGUUUAAAACUUAUAUAUAUCCCCAGUUGGUUUGACUUGGUACAUUAAGGGCUUAUAAAUUGCAAAAUGUAACUUCUCAAUUUAAAGUAUUGAAUUUUGCAUGUUAACUUGUAUCCAACAGCGGCUGUUGAUUAAUUCAUUUAAAUGUGAGCAUGUUAGCAAGUGCUUAUGUUGCUUACAUACAGUACAUAGCGCUAGUAUCGGUCCUUCAGACAUUAAGAUGAUUUAAAGUUACAUUUAGGAACAUCUAACCAAGAGAUACAUCAUUUAUGAGCUUUAUUUUUCAUGCCUCAUGUCUCUUUUAUGAGACAGAAGCUCCACUAAAACAUAGUCUGAAUGUAAAGCAACCAAAGUAAGCAAGAUUUAACAAGCAUAAUGCAUGUGAUAUGUAGAGAUGUAAAUUCUUCAGUUAAUUGUUUGUUGCUUAUAUUGCCCUGGUUGAAGUUUAGGCCUAUAUAUAGAAGCAAGGACUUAGUUUAUAGGUUCGCCUGGUUGACAAAUGGUUUAUUUGUUUGUUUUGUUCAUUUGGUUUCUGAAGAACUGAUUAAAUAGUAGACUUAUUCAUUAAAAUACUCAUUAUUAACAUGAUGGAUGAUAGCUAUGAGAUAACUAGAAGAUAUAAUAGGAAUGUUAUCCUUAUAUUAAGGUUAAUGUACACAAAACUUUCAUGUAUAUAGAAUGUAAUUUCUACUUAAUUUGAUUUUUUUGCUUGUAUUCUAAUAUUGUCAAAUUAAUGUACUCGUUAUUUUAUGGAUGGUGUGGAAUGUAUGUUUUUUCCUUUAUACAUUUGCUUUCUAAAAAACAUAAAAUAAAGUGAUUGUGCUUUCAAAUAAA